AUGUUCCCUGAACCUCCCCCUCCCAUCGCCUCCACUUCCCCCUCCCGUCGCCUCAUCUUCCCCAUCCCGUCGCCUCAUCUUCCCCCUCACGUCACCUCAACUUCCCCCUCCCGUCGCCUCCACUUCCCCCUCCCGUCGCCUCCACUUCCCCCUCCCGUCGCCUCCACUUCCCCCUCCCGUCGCCUCCACUUCCCCCUCCCGUCGCCUCCACUUCCCCCUCCCUUCGCCUCCACUUCCCCCUCCCGUCGCCUCCACUUCCCCCUCCCGUCGCCUCCACUUCCCCCUCCCGUCGCCUCCACUUCCCCCUCCCGUCGCAUCCACUUCCCCAUCCCAUCGCAAGCACUUCCCCCUCCCGCCCCCUCCACUUCCCCUUCCCGUCGCCUUCGCUUCCUGCUCACUCUCUCCCCACUGUCCCCAUUUCCCCUCCCCACCCUUCCCCGCCGCCCGUCCGUGGGCAGCAAAGUGGCGUCCCUUUUGCGCCAUCGUGAUCAAAGCUCCUUCCGUCGCCACCCUAUUCUUCCCCUCGCACCUCCCCUCUCCUCACCUCAUUUCCCUCCUCUCCCCUUCCCUCUUCGUUCCGCCGCAUACUCUCAUAGCCUUGCGUCCCCUACGUCCCAUAGGCUCUCUGUAUCCUUCUCUCCUUUCCGCCCCUCCGUGUGGGCUCCCCCUCUCCAACAUUCACUGCUGUCCCGCUCCCGUGCCACGGCGAUCGCCAUCAAGGUCGAGUCCGGGCCUGGCUCCUCGUGUGAGGGGUGUAGCAAACUUUCUCUCCUUCCAUCCCCCCUUUCCAUCCUCCCCCCCCCACUCUCCCCCUCUCGCCCCUCCUCCCCACCCAGGCGAGUGGCGAUCUGGCGGCACUUGCGCGUGUUUUACGCACAUGUGGCAAUGAGCGAGGCCCCCUCUCCCUCUACCCCACACUCUUGCUUCCUCACCCGGGCUCCCCCUCACUCUUUGCACGCUGCUCUCUUCUUCCCACCCAAUUUCUUCCAAUCGUCAUUGCAAGCACCGACAAGAACAAGCCACCAAGUCCCUGUUCCAAGGCCCCUCGCUUCUCCUGACCCUGCUGCCGAGCCUGUUCCCAGACCUGCCUCCGAACCUGAAGCUCAUGGCAAGAGGGAGGGAAUGACAGCGGGUGAUGGUCUUACCCCUACUUCCCCCCUUCUUACCCCCUCGUCCUCUCCUCUCUCCUGCAUUGGUGCAUGUGUCCUGUUUUGUCUGUGGAUGCUGUGGGCAGCAGAGGAGGAACUAUACGGGGAGAAGAUACUUUCAGUUGACAGCCUGACCUCAGACUUCUAUUCUAUGCUCUCAUCUCACCUUUCCAUUCUCCCCUCCCUCCGUUCUUUAACUCUAUCCCCUUCCACCUCCUCCCCUUUCUCUGUUUGUUGUGCGCUGACUUCUUCUGCCACACCUGGUUCCAUGAGGUGCGGUUGGUGGGAGGCAUAG